AUGCAGUCGGCGUGCCUGGAAACUCUCUUGAAGAGGUACGGGUUGGCGAAUAAGAAGACUACACAGUGCCUCCCUUACUUCUCGAUCUCUCCCUUUGGUCUGCCCGUCGAAGGGCGCGUACAAUACGACGUUAGCAAGACAGAUGGUGAGCCGAAGUUUGCCGGACAGACGGUUGUGUGCGGGACUUGGCGUGGGGCCGUCGCCGAACGUCUUAGGAAGCAGGACCUGCAUGUCGAGGUCAUGGAUUACACGUACUGGCGGAAGCAUAUGCUCGAGCGGCUUCUCUUUGAUAGCUUAUUCGGCUUAUUGGCAUGCGUUCACGCAGAUUCGGGUGAGAAGACGUAUGGAGAGCUCGCCCAAAACCACUGGGAGGAGAUCGACGACAUGGUUUGGGAGCUUUCUCGGGCCAUCGCCAACAUUAUGGCAGUUGUACUUCUGACUCAUGUCGAGCGACGCGUGCGCGGCUUGGCAGAGGGUCCCCAUUGGCGAGAUAGAAAACCACAAAUGCCCACGUGUAGGGAAUACCCUUUCCGGAACGGCAUGCUGCGCUCAUUGAGCCGCUCCUUUACCUCCCGAGGCUUUCCGUCCCCAAUGCCAACCCACGAUGAGUACCUCGAUUUCGUCCGAGAGCGGAAGCUUGUGAGCUAUGACGUAGAUCAGGAUAUCUAA